AUGUGUCGAAUGGCGUUGCCAGGUAACGGCCCGAAAGCGACGAAAAAGGCCCUUCGCAUAUCAUUGUUCGUUGGUCCCCUCACACUUUCUGAAGCACUUCUAGAUCCUGGCAGCCUGGUCUUGUCCUUUUUGCUCGCAACGAUGCUCAUCUCAGAAACUGGCUCGUUCUCUUUUCAAGUCUACCGAACCAGCCAGCUCCACGGUACCGAAGUUGACUCGCUACUUGCCUGCACUCACACGCUCCUAGAACUAUGUCAUUGUCCAGGCCUGGACUGCAGUGUCGCCCAGAUUCGGCUAGUUGCCUCCGAAACGCUGCAAAGAGAACAGCCGGAUCUUUGCCUUUGCUUGUCUGCAGUGUGA